AUGGGCUCUUCCGACGAGGAGAGCGCCACCAGCAAAUCAAGCAGCAACGAAAGCUACGCCUCCGCCAAAUCUUGCUUUAAUGGAUCCAUGCGCUCUGUCGACUCGAUCAACAACGAUGGCAAGUGCAUCUCUAUUCAUCAUCAUCGUCACCGUCAUCAUAAUGGUCAUCUUGCUGACACUGUUCUUUCUACAGACCAGCCCUUUUAUCCAGCUUGCUCAUCAUUUGCUCCGCCAACUCCUACAGUAAUCGAAACUGGUGGUAAGAAAUUUUAA